AUGGGAAGAGUUAAACCAACGCAGUCGGACAACCAGGUCGUCGAUGUAGGCUCUGAUGCUCAUCUAUGGGCGUUCAUGGGCUCGUCGAGCGCAGACUCUCCUCCAUGGCAGUUUUACGAUCAGCUCCUCCCGGUGGACUCCGAAUCCUUGUUCCAAAUGCAACAACAACGCACAAUUUUUAAUACGAACUAUCCAUGGAACGGACUUGACUUUGACAUUGAGAACUUGAAAGCAAUGCAAGAAAUCCCGGUUUUGCAGCAAACUUCUGCAUGGGGAGAAAGCGACGGUGCUUCGCCUAACUCGCAGAACUACGUCCUCAGCGACAGUCGAGAUUCUAGUCCUUGCGUAUCAACAAAUGCGGCUAGUGAAUCCGACGCUCAUAGACACAAUAUGGGCGAUAGUUACUCUGGAUUUCGAGAUGACUUUAAGGCGUUACCCUUGACAGAGCAACAUAAGUUAUUGUCUUCUGAGACCGAUUACUCUCGUAAGGCUCAGUUAACUGAAAUCUUCAUGGACAAUGUAUCUCAAAUAAAAGCACGGGUUUUUGACGAUAUGGAUGUAGCUGGAGUGUCGACAAAUGUCUCGAAAUUAGAAGCGGCUAAGCCCCGGGGUGGUCAGGGAAACCCAAUACAACCAAGAACAUCGAACAGUAAAGAACGGCUAAGAGAACUAGAUUUUGAUGCUGAUAAAAAGGAGGCUAGGAGGGGAGUCCUACCGAACGAGGAGAUGCCCUUUUCAUGCACUCGUUGUGGAGUCGGUUGCAGAGAUAAAACUAGUUUACGAAAACACAUGUAUGUCCACCAACCUCGCCGCUACUUCUGUGAGUCGGACGGUUGCAAUAUCGGAUUUCAUACGAAACGUGACUUAAGACGACAUACCGAUACCAAACAUGGAAAAGCAGCGGCUGGAGUCAUUGGUUCUAGGGUGCGACGGAAGUCUUUCAUUUGCAAAAUCGCUGCAUGUGAACGUGGAAGAACGAAACCAUUUUCGAGGCGGGACAAUGCGAGACAGCAUGUUGUCGGGGUUCAUGGUAUCAAAAACACUCGGGGAGAGGCAGAGAAAGUCAUCGAGGAAAUUGAUAUCGAUAUCGAAGGUGACACUGCUCCGGAACCUGUGGAAGAGUCAAAGUCCCCAACAGUGCACAGAGCCGAAUCGAAGCCUUUGGAAGCACCAAUAAAGCCGAGUGCAACCGACAGAGUUCCUCCCGUUUCUAGUCACAAGAUUACUAAACCCAAAGAGUCAGAGGAUGUCUUUGCGGAAUUUACCAAUCUGCAGGAAGAACGUCAGAGCAGCAGUGUAACAAAGGGAAAUUCCUCGGGUCAACCCACACAGGCGCUACAAAAGAAGGUCAGCGCUUCGGAACCAGGGGAUAUCAAGCCUCCAAUUGACUCAGGCCUCCCAACCGCCCAGGCGGAGCCAGAUGAGCAAUUCAAGUCUUUACAUCAACAACUCAUCUCGUCUUCGUCACUCCUUGCUUCCUCACAAUUCGAUACUCCUGGGGAAGAUAUCGAUCAAGCGUUGGACAUCUGGGAACAGAUGGCGAAAGCGGAGAAAAAUGGAACUGCUCCCCCGAUCGAUCCUUCAAGCCUGUUCGAUUUUGACAUGCUGGCCGGGUUUGCCAAGAUGCAUAUUUGA